AUGCCGAGGUCUUUCCUAGUGAAGAGCAAAAGGGCCCACAGCUACCACCAGCCCCGGUACCUGGACGAUGACUACAGCCGAUUGGACACUAUUCUGGCUAACGUGUGCGCAGAGACCAAAUCUCUGGCGGAGUUUGAGUCCAACUCGGAGCCGCACGAAGAUGUGAGCGCCGGCGCUCACAGACUGUCCCCCAGGUCCAGGCUGCUAUCACCGGGGUCGCUCUCCUCCAGCCCCCCGCUGAGCUGCACCGGCAGCGUGUGUGACCGAUCCUCUGACUGUGAUUUUUGGCGUCCCCCGUCUCCCUCCUCCUCACCAGAUUCAGAGAAGUGCUCCACUCCCUCAGCGGAGGACGGCCACCACUUCAACACCCCGGUAUUUCCUUACUCCUGGACGGCUUACUCUGGCUCUGAGUUGAGGCAUCUGGUUCAGGGGCCAUAUCACCACCACGUCCAGGGCCACAGGGAGCCUCACUCACCCACCAGCUCCUACGCUGCAGAGGACAGCGGCGCGGAGCAGCUUUACGCGCAGCGGGGCCCGGUGGCAGGAUGCUACCAGGAGUUUUCAUCAACGGCCCACCAAACCUGUAGGAUGCGGGACGGAGGCGAGCUGUAUGUGGAUGUAAAGCAGAAGUCCCGCGCUGCGGAGAUCAAGUCUGAAAAUGAUUUUAUUUGUUCUAACAUCGAGUCAAGUGGAUCCUAUAAGUGCAUUAAAUGUGGAAAGGUGUUCUCCACGCCUCACGGUUUGGAGGUUCACGUGCGGCGGUCGCACAGCGGGACGCGGCCGUUUGAAUGUGGGAUUUGUGGGAAAACCUUCGGACACGCAGUGAGUCUGGAUCAGCACCGAGCGGUUCACUCACAGGAAAGGAGCUUCAGCUGUAAAAUCUGCGGCAAAAGCUUCAAGCGCUCCUCCACGCUGUCCACGCACCUGCUCAUCCACUCGGACACGCGCCCAUACCCGUGCCAAUACUGCGGGAAAAGGUUCCACCAAAAGUCAGACAUGAAAAAACACACUUUCAUCCACACAGGUGAGAAACCGCACAAGUGUCAGGUGUGCGGGAAGGCCUUCAGUCAGAGCUCCAACCUCAUCACGCACAGCAGGAAACACACCGGCUUCAAGCCUUUCGGCUGCGACCUCUGUGGGAAAGGUUUCCAGAGGAAGGUUGACCUGAGGAGGCACAAGGAGACGCAGCACGGACUCAAAUGA